AUGGAUAUUGUGGAGAGCAGCAUCUGAUUACACGCCAGUAGGCAUCGGAGGGGGAGGACAGUUAUCCGCAGUAGAAACAGGUUUUCGUUCUCCCUCCGAGGAACAAACAUUUUACUUUAGAUUCCCACUUCUUCCGCUGGGAGUGGAACUUUCUUUUCUUUCACCGAACCCGAACCAGCGGUUCUCUUCUGAGUUUCUUGCAUGCGGGUCGGAUCGUCUCCUUAAUGGCUGAAGGGAGCCGACGGGUGACCGCGGAGUAAACUCGCAGGAUGUCGCAGUUCGUGGAGGCGUAAAUGCGGACGGUAGCUGCUGUGUUUUAAAACAAAUAUCAGUGUUUGGGCCCGACGGGAAGAGCGGCUGCAGCUUCAGGAGGGCUCUGCUUUUCGUUUGCUCCUCAAGGUCGGAGUGAAACAGGCUAGAGGAGACAAAGGCAGUCUUCUGUUUGGACAUCUGUCCAUCUCUGUUUUCGUCUCUGAAAAGUCUCUUCUGCAGCCGCCAUCAUUCUGUGCUGUAAGGCCGACCCCAGCAUGUCUUCUAAUGGAGACCUCAGCGAUCUCGGGAGCUCUGACAGCUUCUGGGAGCCGGGGAACUAUAAAAGGACGGUGAAGCGCAUCGAUGACGGCCACCGACUGUGUAACGAGCUCGUCAGCUGCUUCCAGGAGAGAGCCAAGAUAGAAAAAAGUUACGCUCUUCAGCUGAGUGACUGGGCCAAGAGGUGGCGGGGCGUGGUGGAAAAAGGGCCUCAGUAUGGCACCCUGGAGAAGGCGUGGCAUGCCUUCAUGCAGGCGGCCGACCGCCUGAGCGAGCUGCAUAUGGAGCUGCGAGAGCGGCUGGCGGAUGAGGACAGUGAAAAGGUUCGAAACUGGCAGAAGGAUGCCUUCCACAAGCAGAUGAUGGGAGGCUUCAGGGAGACCAAGGAUGCAGAUGACGGCUUCCGCAAAGCUCAGAAACCCUGGGUUCGCAAACUGAAAGAGGUGGAGUCCAGUAAGAAGAGUUAUCACCAGACCAGGAAGGAGGAAUGGACAGCAGUUACCAGGGAAACCCACGCCAAGGCCGACCCAACCAAGUCUCAGGAGGAAGUCCGCAAAUACACGGGCCGGGUGGAGCGCUACAGCCAGGACGCCGAGAAAGCGAAGGAGCGCUACAUGAAGGCUCUGGAGGAGCUGAACCGCUGCAACCCUCGCUACAUGGAGGACAUGGAGCAGGUGUUUGACCUCACCCAGGAGGCUGAACGCAAGAGGCUGCGCUUCUUCAAAGACGUCCUGUUGGACAUUCAUGUCCACCUUGACCUGUCUGCCAAAGAAAGCUUCAAAGACUUGUACCGGGACCUGGGUCAGACUAUCCGAGCAGCCAACGACACUGAAGACCUCAGAUGGUGGAGAAACACCCACGGACCAGGCAUGAGCAUGAACUGGCCUCAGUUUGAGGAGUGGUCUCCAGAGGCAAGCCGCUCCAUCAGCAGGAAGGAACGAGGAGGAAACUCAGAGGAAAAUGUGGUCACCCUAACAAACAUCGUCUCCUCAGGUGGAGGCAACGUCCCACCCAGUCCUAUCACCACGGAUACCAGCAGGAUGAAAGAUUCCUCAUCGGACUGGUCAGAUGAGGAGAGUCCAAAAAAGGCGUUGGCUGUGAACGGUGUGGGGGAGGCAGAGGAUGAGGAGCAGGUAGCGGGGGUGCUGGUCCGAGCGCUGUAUGAUUACUCUGGCCAGGAAGCUGAUGAGCUCAGCUUUAAAGCAGGUGAAGAGCUGCUGAAGCUCGGAGAGGAGGAUGAGCAGGGCUGGUGUAAAGGACGGCUGAACAGCGGCCAGGUCGGUCUCUAUCCCGCCAACUACGUCCAGGUCAUCGCUUCCUGAUGCCCCGCCCUCUCUGCUCACCCAGCCAAUGACAAAACUUCACUCAACAUGUCAGGAUCUGUCAGUCAGUGCUGACCUGGAGACGAAGACUCUGCCAAACCAGAAGGUUUUUGGGUUACUGACUCUGAAGCUCUUCACCAUUUUUUUUUCCUUCUAUUUGAGAGACAUUUUGAAAACCAACCAGAGCACAAUUUCCCUUGUGAAAGGCUGUUUACACAGCCUCCAAUAUCACAUUUGUUUGAUAGAGAGAAGCUACAGGACGACUAAUCCAGAGACUGCCAGUACAGACAGCAGACUGUAGAAAAACAUGGAUGUAUUCUGGCGCAGCACUAGCUGAUUCUAAAGAGUAACAUUUAUUCUAAGACUGGAUUUUGGGUUUCUAUUUGCUGCCAUUCUUUUUUUUUUUUUUUUUUUUUUUUUAGAAUAAUCAGAAAAUAUCUAAUCAAAGUAGACGUGGUGGAGUUGUAGGAAGUUGUGACGAGAAACGGUGAUUAACUCUGACAAGGCUGCCAAGUCUAUCAGGCAAACAUACCCCAAAACAUCCUUUUUUAAAAUUUUUAUUCAUGUUUUUUUUUUCUUCUUAAACAACUAGUUUGACAUUUUGGAGGAUGUCUUAUAAAGUUAGAUAAAAAUGUUGGUACAAUUCUUAGAUUUCUUCUGACGCUAAGGCUAGCGGCUGCUUUGCUUUGCUGGACUGCAUGUCCAAUUUCCUGUAUUUAUGCUAAGCUAAUCAGCUGCUAGCAAUAACUUUGACAUAUUUGAAAAGUAUUAAGCUUUGAUUCUAAUUUUAUUCAAGACAGCAUGCAUUCCCAUUUCCCAAACUUUAAACCUGCAUCCCUCAUGUCAUCUAGUCUUACUUUUCCUAUAUCAGGUAACCUAGUGGCCAUUAGAGGAACUGCAGGUUCACAGUUUUCCUCGCUCAGUUGUGGUGGUCGCCACAUUGCUACCUGAGAUGAAGAGCUCAAUGACGGACUGUCCGUGCCUUAGCUGAUGAGGCUAGAAGUGUGCAGCGCUGAGGGAUUUCAGCCCAGAAACGUCCAACGCCGCCCUGCUGUCUGGCUGAGGGAUUGCAGACCAGAAAUGUGAAGCACUCUCCUGAUGUCUGGCAGGAAUUACAGCUGAAUUCUGGGUAAUGACCUGCUGAUAACCACCAGCAUGAAUCCAGUGGAAACCAGUAGAUCUUCUGCUACCUGGACAUUAACUGGCUUUCAUAUUUCCAACCAGUUCAGUUUGAAAUCUGUGUGCUUCUGUUUUUUUAGAUUUUUUUUUCUUCUUUAGAUGUGAGGUUGUUUCUUAACUCCCCCCUCCCUCCCCCCUUUUAUGUGAUAGAUAUUUAUCUUUAACCAAUCCUGAAUCUGGGAACUGUUGAUAUCUGUUAAUAUAUAAUUUUUUAAGAUUAGAAUUUUUCCAGCAUUAACUAUUAAUUUUCCUCCUAAUUUAGUAAUCCUUCACCUGAACUUGGCCAGGAAAGUAAUUUUGGACUGUUGGGUCAUUUAACCUGUGGGAGCAGUUUUUGUCUAAUGUGGCUGUGAUCAUGAGACAUGCAUCUCGGUCUCUUAAAGUAGGUUUAAAACUUUUAUCUGCCUGUUUUUCUUUUCCCCUUUUUUCUCUUUUGUUUUGUUCCUUUCUCCAACUUAGGAAUCUGUCUGUGAGGGAGCUUCCUCUGACUUGCUGAUCUGAGCAUUGCUACAUCUAAUCUUCAUUGUCAUUUAAUUAAUAAGAAAUUUAAGAAAAUUUAAAGCUUCUGUCUCGCUCCUUGAUUCUUUUUCUUUUUUCAAAUGUAACAUAUGGGACGUAAAGAGGGAUGCAAAAAUAAAGAGCUUUUUGCAUUUGGA